AUGGUGCAGAUCGCUGGGCCACAGCAGAGCGUGACAGCGGCCGUGUCCGGGCUCCGCCAGGCCCCUCCGUGUGAGCACCGCGCUGCCGGCACGGGCGGACCCCCGGGAGCCCCGGCACCCCACGGGGGGCGAGCGCACCUCCGGCCGGCUCCCCCACAGCCACAGCCCCGCUCAGGCCCCGAAGCUCGGCCGGGCGCGCCCCGGGCCGGCCGCCCCGCUCCCGGCGGCGGCUGCAGCCUCAGCCCCGGGCCCGGCCCCGCAGCCCCCGGCUCCUCGCCCCGCACCGGGACCCGCCCCCCGGGCGGCCCGGCAGCACCGCCCCUCCGCCCUCCCACCCCCGCAUCGCUCCCGGCCCCUCGGACCGCGGCGGCCGCUGCCCCGCCGCCCCCACCCGGCGCCCACCGCGGGCCGGGCGGGCGCCCCGCGCACACCCCCGGCGGGGCGGGCGGGCCUUCGCCGGCGUGCCCUGCCCGGCCCGCUCCGCUCCCAUUGUGGCGGCGGCCCCGCAGCGCUGCGCUCUCACCUGGGCGGCGGGCGGGGGCUGCGGCCCGGCGGCCCCGGGAGCUGCGGCCGCCCCGGGAGCUCCGGGAGCUGCGGCCGCCCCGCCGCCUCCUCCCGCCUCCGCCGCUCCUCGGGCUCCGCCGCCGCUCGGGGCCGCCCCCCGUCGCAGCGCCCGCCUCGUCCCCCGGGCAGCAACAGGCGCCUCCGCCGCGAAGGUUCCGCAGGGCGCAGAAAGGUUCCCCCCGGCCCGCGGGGUCCCGGGGCUGGAGCGGGAUGGGGCGGGAUGAGGGGCCCCGGCUGCUGCCGCCCCUGCCAUGGGCUGUGAGGAGAGAGACUGCAAGGGGCAACCCCCCACCGCCCGCGGAAAGCGGCUAA